ACUAACAGUGGGCAAUUCAGCCGACGCAAACAGUAGUGCAAUAGCGGCUGAUUCAGCCGACGAUAAACAACGCGUAAGCUCAAACAAAAAAAGUGUGAAAAAUCCCCCAAAAACCCUGAAAUUUUGCACAUUCAGCCCCAAUUAGUUUACAUUAGUUACAUGCAAAUUGCUAAUGGGUUGUUUCAGUAGUAAGACAAGCCCCGGGCACGAGCCCACAGCAGACCGGGGAUGCACAGACAUUUGUUGGCUUUGUAUUUACAUAUUCUUCUGGAUUCUUAUGAUUAUUGUUGCCGUAUUCUCCUUUGUCUAUGGCAAUCCCAUCCGCCUAAUUAAUGGCUAUGACAGCUUCGGGAAUACCUGUGGCAUUCGGAACAACGAGAAAUUCAACGAAAUCCCCCUGUCCGGGAUGAACACAAUCGACAAGCCCUACGUGUUCUUCCUGGAUAUGAAGGAAUUGCGGCAAACGCUGAAGAUUUGCGUCAACAAAUGCCCCAAUCGGGAGAUUGGCACAAAGAAUGAUCUCUGGGAUGAGCAUCAGCGUCGUGGCAAUACACUCUGCCGGUAUGACUUCAAUAUGUCACUGCUGCUUCAGCCAGAACCACGAGAUGCUCAGUAUAUGCAUCUCCUGGGUCCCUGUCCACCACUUCCGGUGCACGAAUCCACGCCCGUUCUCCAUCGAUGCGUACCCACGGGUAAAAAUGCCCCUGGGAAGCAAGUGCGGGAUGCGUAUGAUCUGCUCAAUUCAUGGGGUUUGGCACAGCAAUUGCUCAGUGAUUUGUACACAACAUGGCCCCUCAUUGUCAUCAUCUGCAUCCUGGCAUUGGUUUUAUCAAUUGUCAUGAUUGCCAUGCUCCAUUGGCUCACGAAGAUUGUCUCCUGGCUGAUUUGCUUGUUUGUAGCUCUGUGCAGUAUUGCACUGACUGUAAUCCUGUGGUGGACGUACUACAGUAUCAAGCACAAGCAAGAAGUUGAGUCAAAAUACUCCCUGCUGGAGGAACUCCUACGCAAUGAGACUGCUAUUUAUGCUCUGGCCAUCAUUGCCACACUCGUUAUGAUCUUCCUCAUUAUGGUGAUUUACUUUAUGCGUACGCAACUUGGGGGUCUUUCGGCACUGUUUGAGGAGGCAGGCAAAUGUAUGCUUUCCCUUCCGGGUCUUGCUGGACCACCACUCCUUGCAUUUGUUGCUCUUAGCAUUUUUCUCGCCUUUUGGGUUCUUGUUGUCAUCUGCCUAGCCACAGCCAACUAUCCCGGGAAGAAUUCCUUACUCCCCUUUGCUCAGUUGGUUACCCACAAUGAAAGUGGUGUGGCAAGUGUGGAGAAGAAUUACACCAGUCCGGAUUUCAAGUCUCUGAAAGUUGUGGAAUAUGUGGAUGCAGAAUGGCUCAAGAGGAUGCUCUGGCUGUACUUGAUUGGAUUAAUUUGGACAAGUGAAUUCAUAUUUGCCUGCCAGCAACUCACCUUGGCAGGUGCGGUGGCUUUUUGGUACUUUGGAAAGCACAAAGAUAGCCCAGUUUUGCAAGCUAUGAACAAAUUGGUGAAAUAUCAUUUGGGAUCUGUUGCCAAGGGAGCUUUUCUCAUUACAAUCUUCAAAAUUCCACGCCUCAUUCUAACUUAUCUCUACACAAAACUAAAACGCGGUCAGGAUGAUGGAUCUCAAUGUGCUGCCUGCUGCGUCAAGUGUUGCGUAUGUUGCUUCUGGGGCUUGGAGAAGUUUAUUCGAUAUUUGAAUCACAACGCCUACACUGUUAUUGCCAUUGAGAGGAUUAACUUCUGCCCAGCAGCUGGUAUUGCGUGGAAUGCCAUGAUGUCCAAUGCACUCCAAGUGGCCACAAUAAAUGGAAUUGGGGACUUUAUUCUCUUCCUGGGGAAGCUGGCAGUUGCCGGGGUUUGUGCAUUAAUUAGUAUUCUCAUACUAAAGGAUAGCAAUGAGGUUAACUUCUAUGCAGCUCCAGUUAUUUUUAUCUCCAUCUUUGCAUUCUUUAUUGCACACGUCGUGCUAUCGCUCUACGAGAUUGUCGUGGAUACGCUGUUUCUCUGCGUGUGUGAAGAUCGUACCAUUAAUGGGCACAAUGGACGCUGGAAGGAGAGCAAUUUGGCUAAACUACUGGGUGAAGAACCAAUUGAGCGUCAAGCAGUUGAGGAACGAAUGCAAGCCACUGAAAUGACCCCAAUCACGAAGGAACCCUUCAGUUCCCACAACGCCUAAGACAACACAUUGAAGAAAAAAUUCCAUGUCGUGAGUUAAUUUUGGUGUAAUAUUGUAACAUUUUAUUAUUAUCAUAGUGUUACAAUCAAAGUCCAGUUCUUCACAGUAUUCCUCACCCACUAAAAGAUAAAUUCACAUAAUUACUUCAUGCGCAUAAUAAUCAUUCAUCUUUUUUUUUUAAUAAUUCAUCAAAUAUUUAACAAAAGUAUUUUUAAGGAUAUUUAGUAAUAUACCCCAUUGGUAAAAGAUUAUUCCCUCGAAUUAAAUUUCUUGAAAAAUUUAUAACAGAGAUUUUAUACAAAACAAAUAAAUAAAUAGAGAAAGAAAGAAAUAGUUAACAGAGCUUCCAGAUAAAUAAAUAAAGGGUUUGUACGACCAGCUUAAUCAACAAUGAGAAAUUAUUAUUAUUUUCUACACCAUAAUUAAUGCAGUUAACUAACCUGCUUGGCUUUAUAGGUCGCAGUGUUUGCGACAGUAUACAGCUAAGAUCUUAAAUUAUGUCUAAAAUAUUAUUUUGUCUCAUUCACAUUAACUUUGCAUUGAAGCUCUAAUAGUAGAGCCUUCGUGCAAAGUUAUUUUGAAUACAAUCUCCUACAAUUCAGUACAGUGCAAACCCUUCAAUUAACUUGGUCCACCAAUAGAAUUGUGCUUCAAAGAAACUUUGGCUGAUAUUACUUACAAAUCAAAAGAUUACUUAAAAGCAUAAAAAAUGUUGCACAUUUUAUUAAUGUUAGAUUAUAUAAAAUAUUUUUACUCAAUGUUUGAGAUAUAAAAGAAAAAUAAAUAUUUGUAACUUUUUUGUCUUGUACACAAUUUUAAUAAAAAUUGAUAUAUAUCGA